CCGUGUGUUACACCACCGGUCCAACUAGUCCAAUGUUUCGAUUUCCAAUUAAAAUUGGGACGACGAAUGAAGUUUCUCUCUCGUCGUUAGGUCGGCUAACGUAAGUUAAGCUAGCUAGCAUAGCCUCGUCUGAGCUAACGUGCAAGGUAACAGUUUGCGUGUCGCGGAGCAGCACACACACACCUUCCUAACACACAGGAACCCAAAAAGUCCAGCAGUAAUACAACUAACUUCGCUGACAAACUUUGCGCAGAGAUGCUCGCAAUACAAAGUGAAAUGGUGAGAGAAGCCAUGUCAGAGGAGGCUGUGCGUCUAACACGCAGCCAGAAGCGGGCUCUGGAGAAGGACCAUGGAAGCCCUACUGGGCCCCUCGGGGAAAUGGACGGCAAAAGAGUGAAGCUGGACGGGGAAGACUCAGACGGGUCUUCCCCAGACCUGGUGGGAUCUGGAGCCGAAGGGGUCAAGCUAAAGAGUGAUCAGGCUGCAAAGGUAGCAACCAGUAUCCUGAAGGCUGGAGAAGUGAAGGCCACCGUCAAGGUGGAGGUGCAGACCAGAGACGAGCCCGUCGACAUGAGUACAUCCAAAAGUGACAUAAAGAAAGAGCGGCAGCCCCCGUCACCUGAUGAUGUGAUUGUGUUAUCGGACAACGAGCCAUCCAGUCCUCUCAUGAACGGACACUGCUUCACAAAGACUGACACAGAUAAACUGAUGAAGAGUUCUCCAGAAGAGAGGGAGCGCAUCAUCAAAACACUGCAGGAAGAACUGAGACUCCAAGAGGCCAAACUAGUGCUGCUUAAGAAACUGCGACAGAGCCAGAUCCAGAAGGAGACCAAUGUGCAGAAGGCGACUGGCUCAGUAGCCACUCCUCCUCCUUUGGUUAGAGGAAGCAUCACAUCAAGCAAAGGACCCCUCCAGAUGACAGGUCGCAGCUCAGGCACGGUGAUCCCUCCUCCAUUAGUGAGGGGUGGGCAACAUGUCCCGUCCAAACACAACUCUCAGAUUGUCAUGCCACCUCUUGUCAGAGGAGCCCAGCCUAUUGCAGUUACUCCGCAACAGAUAGCCAAUCUACGUCAGCAUCAGCAUCAGCACAGCGGCUCAGGCCCCCCUCCACUCUUGCUGGCACCGAGGGCUUCUGUGCCCAAUGUCCAGGUCCAGGGCCAGAGGAUCAUUCAGCAGGGACUCAUACGGGUGGCUAAUGUGGCCAACAGCAAUAUCAUGGCCUCUCCAACCAGCCUCAAGAACUCUUCAAUGUCACCUAACUCGAACAUCAAUGACUCACCAGCCAGCCGACAGGCGGCUGCCAAGCUCGCUCUGCGUAAACAGCUGGAGAAGACUCUUCUGGAAAUUCCUCCACCCAAACCUCCUGCCCCAGAGUUCAACUUCCUGCCUUCAGCAGCGAAUAAUGAGUUCAUCUACUUAUUGGGGUUAGAAGAGGUGGUGCAAAAACUUCUGGAGAUGCACGGCAGGGGCAAUCUGGGCCCUGCUGCUGCAAUGGCCAUCUCCAUUCCCAAAGAGCCAUACACCUGUGCCCAGUGUAAGACGGACUUUACCUCCCGCUGGAGAAAAGAGAAGGCUGGAACCAUCCUGUGUGACCAAUGCAUGUCAUCUAAUCAGAAGAAGGCCUUAAAGGCUGAGCACACCACUCGUCUGAAGGCAGCCUUUGUUAAAGCACUCCAACAGGAGCAGGAGAUUGAACAGCGUAUCCUGCAGCAGGCAGCCUCUUCUUCUUCCUCCUCUCACUCUAAAAACACCUCAUCCUCCUCUUCGAUGUCCAAGAGUGAGGUGCUGGUUUCCCAGCAAUACAAGCAGGUCAGGGCUGCCAUGCAGCACAGACCAGUGUCUGCCCACCACUCCACCAUUAAGCAGGUUAGCAUGGACUUUCACUCUCGUAAACCAACACUGUGGUUUAAGUUAUUUUUUUCCACAUUCAAUCACAGUGCUUCUCUUUGUCUCUCUGUACAGAAUCAGCUGUCACACAGCAUCCAGGCUGCGGUGAGGUCUCGUGGCGUGGUCCACUCAUUCAACUCCUCUCAGCUGCACAACUCUGUGUCAGCAGCACUGGGAAGCAGGCCAGGUAAGCAUGCUGCAGCACGUCUGCUGCAGCAGGGAGCAAAGGUCAGCGCCAGCAGCAGCAGCAGUCACCAGGCCAACGUGGCUGCCUGGAGGAAGCAGAACAUGGGCAACACAGGUGUGUCCAUGGCCUAUGUGAACCCCAGCCUGUCUGCUCAUAAGACCACCUCUGCUGUGGAGCGUCAGCGAGAGUACCUGCUGGACAUGAUUCCCUCCCGUUCUAUCUCCCAAGCAAACAACACAUGGAAAUAAUGCAAUCUUACUCUUUUUCUCAUAACUAUUAUCUUUUUAAUAUCAAUAACAGCCAUUCUCAUUAUCAUUCUAAUCCUUUCUAUGGACUUCUAUGCCUCUGGCCAAAUGGUGCAGUGGAUAAACAGCCUCUUUUCUAUGGGAUGGAGGUGUUUCCUCAAUCUCCUCAGAUCCUUCUGCCGCCAUCUUUCAUACCCUAGUCCUGCUUCCCAAAUAGGAGUUGUGCUGCAGCAGCUCAGGAUUCUGGGAUACAAGGAGAUUGUCAAACAGAAUUUUGCAUACCUUCCUAAAGGCUGGAUGAAACACUGGCGUGUACAAUUUUCCAAACUUCUCUGGUGAUGUCGCCUCACCCUUCUUGUAUAUCAGUUGACCCUCACGGUUGUACCAAGUGGAAGUUGCCACACAAUCCCUGAGCUGCCCUGCCUUCGGAUUAGGCAGGGAAAGAAUAACAAUCCCUCUCAUACUCAAUAAAAAAAACUCGCCUUAGGUCCUGCCCCUCCAGUCUGAGCCCGUCAGACUCAGGCCAAUGUGGUGGUCAAACGGAACUUCACCGAAGACCUCAUCACAGGGAUUGUGGUUGAGCUUCAAGGAUCAUUCACAGAAUAACUGCUUCAGCUUUGCAAAAAUGAAUAAAACAAAAAAGGACUGUAAAAAAAUAAUCUAUCUGCACACAGACUGCCUCUUCUCUCUCUAACCUACGCCAUGUAUAGUAGAGAAGUUGAUGCGUGUUGGAUUAUUUUGUAUGGCUGAAUAUUAGGAUUUUGUUGUUCUUCUGUGAGUCAUAUACUGUGUUUGGAAUAUUGAAUAUUGUGCUCCCUGAUACUUUGGAAAGUGGCCUCUUGUCGAGGUCUGAAUUUACAGGCUAAUGUUACUGUAGAGGUGGUUUUACAUCUGCUGGGUUCCAUGUUGUGGCCUACUUUUAAAUACUUUGUUUUUUCUAAGACGAGGAAGAAUAAUGUGUAAGGUUUCACUCACUCAUGUAAAAACGGGGAGCAUAUGUUAGGAGGACUCUUCUUGAAUAUUGUUAAACAGAAAAAAAAAAACCUUCCAAAGAACUAGUGGAGCCCAAAUGGAAUCCCUUCUGCUAGAAGGUCUCUAGUUUAUCUGAACCCUCUCUAGAUAUAAACAUGAAAUCAUGCUAAUCUGGAGGGGGGGGUGUAAGGAAUGUCGUAUUUUUGACAUUGUUUUUGCUUUUAGUCAUAGGUUGUGGUGCAUUAUUUUUUCUUCUAUAGACAAACUGUCUCUGGGUUUAUUUAUAGGGUCAUGUUAGUAAAGAUAUAUGCCCUAAGUUUGAAUGGAUCUCCACAUAAAACCAUUUGUUUUCUGUGUCCAGUGGCUCCCACUCACCCUACGAUUGGUUUAUGAGAAGCUGGACAGCUUUCAGAAUGUAGUAUGCAACAACCCCUAUAGCAACACAUGACAUGAACGUCUCUUUAGUCUUUAACAUUAAGGUGUGUAUGAUUUAUGUCCGGUCCUAAGGUUGAAUUGAGCUAACUAUGCCUUUCACAUGAGCUAUAGUGCGUUUUUAUCAGGUUGCAGCAGCACCGGAUAAGCUAGUGAUGUACAAUAGGUCCCCACAUCGCUCAUGGAGUUAAGUUCUUUCCUAACCAUGUGCUGUCAUCUUUAAUUGCAUAGAACAGUGGUCAGGGUGGUCCAGUCUCCUUAAUCCAUGGCGUUGUGUUCAUGUGUCCCCUAUUGCAAAGUGUCACUAAAUUAAAAAUAGUAAAGUAAAAUAUUGAUAUAUUUAAUUUAAGCAGUGAAAAAUGGGUCGAAUACAAAUCUGGAUGUUUGGUAAGCGCUGUGUUUAAAACAACAAAAAAACCUGACAUCAGCUGACCACCUUCAACACCCUGUAUCUGUCUUGUGUCCUCUUCACGUUGACAGAGUGCUCAUUGUUAUCUCAUCACUGUGUAAUUACAGAGCUGGAGUCCUGCUGCCCUGUUUGUCUCACUCUUGAUUUCCUAACUGAUCCAUUCUGUGACCGUCUAAUGUGAUGUAAGAGUAUGUGUCAUUAGGUAAACAAGCAUCAUUGGGAGUUUAUCAUCACUGCACACAUGGGUUUCAUUUAGGACGGCGCAUCUCACAAUAAACAUGAUGGAAACUAGCAAACAAAGAUGAAAUUGCUUAAAAAAAACAAAACACCGUAGCAUUUGAAAUCUUCCAGGUUGUCUGUACAUUCCUGACAGGCAGAAGGUAGCAGGCAGCGUCCUCUGGAUGCAAAGUGGUAUGAGCCCGUCAUUUUGUGCCCUGCUAAGUGUAACCCUGUGCUGUCCUGACUACUGCCUGCUGCUGCUGCUGUUUGACGACAAUAUCACCAUUCCGUUUGUUUGGGUCGAACUACUGCUAAAAGGCAGUGUAGCCCAAAUGGAAAUGAAAACUAUGUAUGAGAAUAUGUUUUUUAAAUUUUUUUCCCCCUGCUCUAUCAAAUAAUAAUAAAACUAAUUUUAACCCCUC